AAAAUUUGUAAUGUAACGUCACUUUAAUAUUUUUCAACCCUAUUUUUCUUUUAAUUAUUCUUAUUUUUUGUUUGCAUUUUUGUAAUGGAGUCGAGUUCCGAAGAAGAAACCCACUUAAUUGUUAUAAGCGUCUACACCAGAGUGCGACUGACCCAAACGGCUAAUUUUCUGAUCGUCAAGAAAAGCGAAGAAUACUCAGAUCUAUUCAUUGAACCAUACGGCAAAGAAGUAAACCCAGAAGUGUCAGACUACAUGGAAAUUGAAAACGAGUUGAUUCCCAUUCUGGAAAUAUUAGAGGAGAAAUAUCCAAGGUACGUCGAGGUUCGCACCCUGCCUUUCGACGACGACUGGGAAAAGGUCUGUUUCAUUACUGAUCUGUGGCUCAAUAAUAUAUUAGACACCGAAGCCGACGAGGGAUUUCGAUAAAUGCAAAAAUGGUAUUAAAUUUUCGUCCCGAAUGAAAUUUUUAAUAAAUUUUUCUUCUGGAA